AUGCCGCUUUUCAAAUCGCUGGUUGAUUAUGGACGAGGUGAACGUGAUGGUGACAAGCUUGCGCUUUCUGUUGAGAAGCAUCUCAAAAUUACGCUCUCAAUCCAUCCGGUAAUCCAAAAUACGAUUCAACAAGCAGCCGAGAAGGGACGCAAGGCACGUGUCACUGAUCUUGGCGAACAUGUCGAGAACGCGAUGUUUCUGAAUGCUCUGCAAAAAGGGGUCAAUCGUUGGGUUAAAGAAAUUCAAAAGGUGACAAAACUGGAUCGUGAUGCUGGCUCGGGUACAUCGUUACAAGAAAUGACAUUUUGGUUGAAUUUGGAACGAGCGCUGCAAAAAAUCGCACAAAAAAGAGAAUCAGAAGAGGUGACUCUGACGUUAGAAGCGUUAAAAUGCGGCAAACGAUUUCAUGCAACUGUUUCGUUCGAUGCCGAUACGGGUUUCCAGUUCACUACAUACGCCGGUUUGCUCCAUAUAGGUAUGAAUUAG